AGAACACAACAGGGUGUGGCCCGUCCCGACCUGAUACUAAAGCCCCUGGCCGGUGCCCACCUCUUCCCCAGGUCCCAUCGUUGUGUGACUGUGAAGAGCGAUAUCGUCCGCUUCACAGUAGACCAAUAGGGCUCUUAAGGCGACCGCCAACCCCCUCUUUCAACAAUUCGAUAGGCUCCAGCCAUCACAACACAGUCAGUCGACUCUACAGACAUGGGUAACUCUACAGGAUCCACCGUGGAAGAUCUCCAGGCCGUGGAGAAGCACCUCUGGUAUAAGAAGUUCAUGACAGAGUGUCCUUCGGGUCAGCUCACCCUGCAUGAGUUCAAGCAGUUCUUUGGGCUCCGGGGACUGGAUGCUGAGGCCAACGCCUACAUCGAGCAGAUGUUCCGCACGUUCGAUAUGAACAAGGUAAGACUUUUCUGCAUUCAUUGAACCGAGGCUGCUUGCAAAGGGGAUGCUAUAGGCUAAAAUGGGCUUUACAUUUAUAUGUGAAAGUAGGAAUGCCUCAGGCACACUCAAAAUGGGGAAGGGGACACCUUACCAACAGAGGUACGUAUAAGGAUAUGAUUGGCUGUAUUGUAAAUGUAUGCACUAAUUACAAGUGCACCUAAAUUUAUAGAAAUGUCAUAAUGCCACUACUCGAAUAAGACCUCUAGUUCUCAAUUUUCCAAAAGCUAAAGUACAUUUAAAAAAGUGAACCAGAAAGAAUCUACAGUUAAACAUAGGGAAUACCUUGAAUCCAAAGGUUUUUGUUUUGACUAGUCUUUCCGUUUGAAGAAGCUAAUCGUCUCACAAGUACUAAGGCUCAAUUUAGUAACACUGUCACCUUUGAUUAUAAUAGGCUGGGAUUGGAUUCAUAUGCGAUUUAGUAUGAGGAUUAUUUUGAGACAAGUUGUCAAUAUCUCUGUGGUAGGAGUGCAGUCUGAGCUUACCUAUUAUUUCUCUCUUUAGAAAGACAGCACCAGGUUCUGGUAUUCUCCAGUACAUUCUGGUCCAUUUCAGAAUCAAUGAAAUGAUUUCAGCAUCAGAGACGGCUGAUUCUAAUUAGUGAUAGCUUAUGUGAAAGUUGAAUGACGGAACAUGGGAACAGUUGGUUACACUGAUCAGAAUAUUGAGUGUUCACUUCAAAUAAAUUACUUGAAUCUCCCUUUUAUCACAUUGAAGCCUAAGGAAUGUCCAGAUCUCAAGAGCUGUGUGGCAGAAUAGACCUUUUGUCUUUUGAGUUUCCCAUUUUUGUCAGUACCGAGUAGUUAUGCUUGUACCUGGGGAGGUUGGAAACCAUGGUGCUAUUCCCUGGGGACAGAACUAAGUGACUGCUAUUUUCUGAUCUUAAGUACAGUGCAGUGGACAAGGCUGGUAAUUAUGUUAUUAUAAAAUGGGUUGUUUGAAUCCUGGAUGCUGAUUAGGAAGUGCAGUAUGACAAUCUUAGAUUGUGCACUUUGGCUGCAUUUAAACUAAUUGGUAUUUUUUGACCAAUCACCUCAGAUCUUUUUCAGAGCUGAUCUGAUUGGUCAAAGACCAAUUAGUGAAAAAAAAGAGCCAUAGUGAAGUGAGGGAGGGUGUCAGUGUAAAGCUGAGGGAAGUGCGACUCAUUUGGGUUGACCCAGAGGUCACUAAUGCAGCCAAGUAAUUUUGUUUUGUAAUAUACAGAUGUAGGAUCUUAAUUUGAGCCAGUUUUCUACAGCAGUAAAAUAAUCCUGCAGCAACAGGAAAUGUGAAUUAUUAUGCAGAUUAUAAAUCAUGGACAUUUUUGUAGGGGUUGAUACAUUUUUCAUAUGGGAAAAUCAAGUCUGACAUUUUUAAGUGGAAAUGACAAACUUCAGAAGCCUUUUUAAACCUCAUACACUAAGGUUUUAAAAUGUCCUACAUUGCAGGAAAGUUAACCUGCAACAUGGUGAUCAAAUUAAGAUCCUACAUCUGUACGUCUUGCCACGGCCUUGGCACAGAUCAGUGGGGAGAUAAUCCCACACCGAUUAUACAUAGUUAUCAUCCCUGAUAAUGGAUCUUCUAAGCAGAACAUGAUCACCUACAUCUUUAGGAGAUGACUGAGAUAAUCUGAGAUGUUAAAAAGAGACAUUCCAACUAAAACACUUAAUUUUUUACAGGAUGGCUACAUAGACUUCUUGGAAUAUGUGGCUGCUCUGAGUCUGGUAAUGCGGGGUAAAAUGGAACAUAAGCUCCGCUGGUACUUUAAGCUGUAUGAUGUGGACGGCAACGGGUGCAUUGAUCGAAGUGAGCUGCUAAACAUCAUAAAGGUAUAGAGUCCAGUCCAGAUAGGCAGUGCUGUGCAAUGGAAUCUGUAUCACACAAAGGCAUGCAGGCUAACUCACUCCUUUUCUCUUCUUCAGGCAAUCCGUGCAAUCAAUGGGAAUGAAAACCAGGAAGUUGAUGCGGAGGAGUUCACCAACCGGGUGUUUGACAAGAUAGACGUCAACGGAGAUGGUGAGUGUCCACUUCUUUUUUGUCACAGACUUGUAGGGUUGCGAGUUCUGUCCCUUUCCAUUUCAGGUAAACAACCUCUUGACCUUGUCUUCUCCCUUCUACCCAUCAGGGGAGCUGUCUUUGGAGGAGUUUGUGGCAGGGGCUCACACUGACGAAGACUUCAUGGAAGUGAUGAUGAAGACCUUGGAUCUCACCCACAUAGUCGCCAUGAUCCACAACCGGAGGCACAGUGUUUAGAGUCUGCCCUCAGACGCCUCCAUCUCCACUCUCGAUUGUAAUACACUGCCGAAGGGUCACAUAGGAACUGAGCCAUGAGCCCUCUCAAAAGAUCUAGCCCAGAUUUUUAUGAAGACAAUCUUUAUCUUAGCAAUGCUGAAGGGCCAUGCUUUGAAUGCAUUCUUUGUUAUCGUACUUCACAAGGAGGUUGAAUGACGAUGAAAAAUGCCCUUUGCCUGCAUACAAAUGACUCAGUCAACCAUCGCUGGCUGGUUAUUGACCUUGUGCAUGAUCUAAAUCUCUGAGAGGUCUACAUGAUGAGAGAGAUCAUCUCUCACACCGUCAGCUGAACCUGUGACCCAACUAGGUCAUAACAUAAGGAGGGUGGAGGAUAAAGAGGAGGGUGGAGGGAGUGGUGACUACCCAGGGUGUUGACUACCCAUUAUAACCCAUGCAUUCCUGACCAAAAAAUAAAUAAAAAAUGUAAUCCCUCAUCCACCUCAGACAGAUUCCUGUAGGGAAAUUAUCCUUUCCAAACCACAUCGAUAAUGACGUCUCAAUUUAUCUUUUAGACCAACCUCAGUUAUUCAGCUGAGUGGUUCCUCUCUAUGACUGUGUUCCCGGGUUCUAUUGGAGGAAGUUAUAAUUCACCUACUUUCCUCCCAGUACAGUCAGUUGUCACCUCAAAUAUAACUAGAACCCAAGUUUAUUCUGUGCCAUGACUAAACGGUCCAGUUCCUCAGGAAACAGGUACUUCCACAAGUUAGGGAUCUCAAUAAUUGUAUAAUACUUAUGUCACAAAAUGCACUUAUAAAAAAAUAUAAGACCAGCAUGUUUUUACAUUGCACUGGCCCCAGUUGUUAGGAGAUUAAAGUUAGCAUUUUCAGGUCUUCAUUAAUUUGAAGGAAUAUCUUAACACAACUACAUUCUAAUGUUUUCCCUACAAGACAGUAAAGUGUAAAAAAUAAAUUGUGCAAAUUUGUUUCUGUGUUUCUGUGAGUGUGUGAGACAUUAUGCAUGAAUGAUCAAUGCUCUCGCCUAGUGGGCAUUAGAAUGACCUUUAUAUAGACCCGUAGCCCACUAACCUCAUGCCUUCUGUAGAAAGAAACAUUUUACCAAAAAAUUGCUCUAGUUUAUAAUUGUAAAAUAAAGAUUGAAAUCGACAUUGUAUUUUCAUCACCUCCACAGCUUUAAUUGCUCGCUAUUGUUUUAGAAAUCAAAAUGCCUAACAGACAUUACAGUAUCUGUGGCAUAAUGAGGGAGACAGGGAGGUGAGUCACAAGACAGACUGUGCCAAUGUGGUUGCCACGACAACCAUGCACCAUUUCCUUGGUAACACACAUGCAUAACGCACUACAAAAAGGUCACGCAGCACUUACAUGGAUCUGAAUGAAUCUGGAAGGAAGGACACCACAGACCAUGGCAGUCUGACAGUCAGCAGCAUGUUUAAUAUGAAUAAAUAUGCCGGCUGAUACAUAGAUUACACCCAAACCAAAUAAAAAAGGAGUAGAGGUCACAGUCAGUCAGUGUGAGGACCUAAAACCCCCAAAAAUCUCCUUGUGGAUCUGACUGUACCGGCUUUACCUCUGCAGACAGACAGAACAGACUGCAUUGUGCUGCGCUGGUUGAUCCACUACUCACAGGAUGAGUGUUUAAAUCUGGAUAAAGGCAUUUAAUCAUCUCUAAAACAUAGCCGCAGCCUGCAGGCACAUCCCAAGAGGAGGCCAUUGUCAUCAGUUAGGGGAUUCACUGGGGCAGGAAUGGCUAGUGACAAAAAACAAGUACCCAGGAAUAUGGCACCUGUUAACCCAGAAAGCAUUAAUAAUCUACCACUGCAGCCCAUAAUAAUAA